AUGUUUGCAACAAUGCUGAAGGUACUCCUCAUUCUAACAACUCUUGCAGGUCUCGGUGUCAGCAGCAUCGUGGUGACCAUUCCACAGCAGACGGUGAAUGUCACGGCAGGCAGCAACGCAACUCUCCUCUGCACGUUCACGGGCUAUGAGCCGCAGGGAAACGUCUUAAUUCAGUGGAGUUUUUACAGUGCCAAAGAGAGCGAACUGCAUUUAAUUUAUUAUUCUUCAGGAGGACAGGGUCAUUCCUCUUCAGGAUUUCAGAACAGGAUCACAGCCGCAACAAAUCCAGGGAAUGCCUCAAUAACAAUCUCCAACAUGCAGCCCUCAGAAACUGGUUCUUACACCUGUGAAGUUCUCAGUCUACAAGAUGCUGGACAGAGUCAAAAAUCAAUGAUUGUCAAUGUGCUGGUGAAGCCAUCAAAGCCUUUUUGCAAAGUAGAAGGAACCCCUGAGAAGGGCCAUCUUAUCUCUCUUUCGUGCCACAGCGAAGUAGGACUGCCUCGGCCCACUUACCGCUGGUACCGAUUAGAUGAGGACACCCUCAAACCCGUGACUGAGCAAUUUGAUCCAAAAACCGGAGUUCUUUUCAUUGGCAAUCUCACCACCUUUGAAACAGGAUAUUACCACUGCAUAGCGAGCAACACCCUGGGGAACAGUAGCUGUGAGCUUGACCUGACUAUAAAGCAUUCAGAGGGUGGUAUUGUUGCUGGAGCAUUAAUUGGAGCAAUUGUGGCAGGUGUUAUCAUUUGUGUUAUUGUGUGGUUCUUAACCAGGAGGGAAAAGAGAAAGAAAAAGAAGUCAUCAAGUAAUGAAAUGCAAGUAAUGACUCAGAAACAACCCAAUGCAGAGUACGCUCAGGUACCUACUGAAGAAAACAUACCUGCAACCACAGUUCCACCAAGCAAUGCGACAAAUGAGUAUCCUAAUGUUGAGGAAACAGCAGCAUCUGGGGCACCUGAAAACAAUGAGAAGCAAGAAGUGGAAAAAGAGGAACUAGCCUAG